AUGAAUGAAAAGAAAGUCAAACAUGUGUGUGACUCUCUUGAGAGCAGGAUAAUGGGCUACUAUGAUCUAGAUGAUAUACUCGCCGAUUCCGAGAAAUUACCUUGCUUGUUUAACCACACAAUUCCUGGACUCGGAUAUCUUGAAGGAAAUCCUGGUAAACCUAUAAAAGAAAAUACUAAAAUCGAACUACCGAUAUGGCUUGCUCAAGUAUUGGCAGUAAUACACACACAGUCAAACUCGCAAGAAGCUCAAAUGUCAGCAACAGCGGCGUCCUCUUUCGAGCCGGACCCCGAGUCAACACCGUUCAUAUCUCUAAUUGACCCCGAGUUCAUUAAUGAUAAAGUGAAAAAUGCGUUUAAAUCAGACCCACAAAGUCUAAAUCUCCAUAAAUUGAGUCCACAAUACUACAAAAUGAUUCAACGAUGGUGCAGUUUGUUUUACGAACCAGAUUUGGUUGAGUUGAUUAUGAAUAGCUUGAAGGUGAGAAGCUUUGAAAUUAAUAAUUUCGCAAGUAACGUUUACGCUAAACAUUUCAAUGAUGAGUUUAUUUAUACUUUGGAGGAGUUUGAAAAACGGUUGUUUAAGGAGACUAGCGAAAGUCAUAAAUUGAUGAGGCAGUGGCUAAGGGAAUAA